GAACGAGGUUGAACAUUGUAAAAGUGAUCGUGAGGGUACGUACUUGUGUCACUCAGAGUGAUCUUGUUGUAAAGGUUACUGUGAUAUUUUCGUUUCAAAGAUGGGGAAUCGAGGUAUGGAAGACCUUAUUCCCGUAAUGAACAAAAUCCAAGAUGCGUUCGCUCACAUUGGGCAGCCAUCGAACGUAGAUUUACCGCAGAUCGCCGUCGUCGGAAGUCAAAGUGCCGGCAAGAGUAGUGUGUUAGAAAACUUUGUGGGCAGGGACUUUCUUCCGAGAGGAUCUGGAAUUGUCACAAGAAGACCGCUGAUACUGCAACUUCAUCCGGCCAAGACAGAGUGGGCAGAAUUUCUCCAUUGCAAGGGAAAGAAAUUUGUUGAUUUUGAAGAAGUGAGAAAAGAGAUUGUUGCAGAGACUGACCGAGAAACUGGCAGCAACAAAGGAAUCUCAUCAAUACCAAUUAACCUACGAGUUUAUUCUCCUCAUGUAUUGAAUUUGACGCUAGUAGAUCUUCCUGGUAUGACAAAAGUUCCUGUAGGUGACCAGCCUCCAGAUAUCGAAAUGCAGAUUAGAAGUAUGUUGUUUCAGUUCAUCACCAAACCAAACUGCUUGGUGCUAGCAGUGUCUCCUGCAAACUCAGAUCUGGCAAACUCUGAUGCAUUAAAGAUUGCAAAAGAGGUUGAUCCUGAGGGAGUGCGAACAAUUGGAGUGAUAACAAAGUUAGAUCUCAUGGAUGAAGGAACAGAUGCCAGAGAAAUUCUUGAGAACAGAGUCCUCCCCUUAAGAAGAGGUUAUAUUGGAGUGGUAAACAGAAGCCAGGCAGACAUUGAUGGUAGAAAAGACAUUAAAUCAGCCCUCGCCUCUGAGCGAAAAUUUUUUCUUAGUCAUGCAUCCUACAGGCAUAUUGCAGACAAAAUGGGAACAGGUUAUUUACAAAAAGUUCUUAACCAGCAACUGACCAAUCACAUUAGAGAAACUUUACCAGCCCUUCGAAGCAAGCUUGAAGAGAACAUUAUGGCACUUGAAAAGGAAGUCAAGGGCUUUGAACAUUAUAAUCCAGAUGAUCCAUCUAUGAAGACGAAAGCCCUCAUGCAGAUGAUACAGCAAUUCAGUGGAGAUUUUGAGAAAGCCAUUGAAGGGUCUGGUGAUUCAAUUGAUACCAAAGAACUCUCAGGUGGAGCAAAAAUCAACAGGAUAUUUCAUGAGAGGUUCCCAUAUGAGUUAGUUAAGGUGGAAUUUGAUGAGAAACAGCUCAGAAAGGAAAUUAUGUUUGCCAUCAAGAACAUCCAUGGAAUCAGGGUUGGUCUUUUCACUCCUGAUAUGGCCUUUGAAGCAAUAGUAAAGCGGCAAAUUGACAAACUGAGGAGUCCAGCGGUGAAGUGUGUGGAUAUGGUUAUGUCUGAAUUAACCAAUGUCAUCAAGAAAUGUACAGAUCCGAUAGACAAAUACCCUUUACUGAGGGACCAGGUGGAGAAAAUUGUUGUAGAACAUGGAAGAAAGGGAGAGGCCAAAUCUAAAGACCAGGUCAAAACAUUUAUUGAUAUGGAGCUUGCAUACAUUAACACAAAUCAUCCUGAUUUUAUUGGUUAUGCAGCAGCAUCAAGUACAUCCAAUCCUGGUGAAAAAAAAACAAAAAGAACUAUCUCCAAUCAGGUGAUUAGGAAAGGUUGGCUCACAAUAAGCAAUACAGGAUUUAUGAAGGGAAUCAGCAAAGAGUACUGGUUUGUACUUACAGCUGAAUCGCUUUCAUGGUACAAGGACGAGGAGGAGAAGGAACAGAAAUAUCAAUUAAGAUUGGAUAAUGUGCGCCUGCGUGAUGCUGAGGCAGGAUUCAUGUCCCGAAAAGCUGCCUUUGCUAUCUUCAAUCCUGAUCAAAAAAACUUAUUUAAAGACCACAAAGCGUUGGAGCUUGCAGGAGAGAACCAGGACGUUAUAGACAGUUGGAAAGCCUCGUUCCUUCGAGCCGGAGUGUACCCUGAGAGAGACACAUCGGAGGAUAAGAGCUUGCAAGGUGAGAUAGGCACCUUAGAUCCUCAGAUGGAACGUCAAGUGGAAACCAUCAGAAACUUGGCGGAUUCCUACAUCAAGAUCGUCAGCAAAACUGUCCGGGACCUCGUCCCUAAAACUGUGAUGUUCUUCAUUAUAAAUAAUGUGAAGGAAUUCAUUGGUCAGGAGCUGUUAGCCCAUUUAUACUCGGGUGGGAAUCAGAAUGACUUGAUGAAAGAAAGCGAAGCUGAAGUCGUUCGUCGGGAGGAAAUGCUGCGCAUGUUCCACAGUUUGAAGGAAGCUCUACGGAUUAUUAGCGAUAUAGACGCGAAUACCGUGACCACAUCGCUGCCACCUCCUGUCGACACAGGGGACCGUGACUUACUCGAUUCAUACAAGCCUCCCGGAAGCACUAGACAACCUCCUGUUCCUAGGGCAGGUCAUCCGAGUCCUACCCCACCGUCUCGACCGUCCCGUCCCGUUCCGGGCGUACCAUCCCGACCAGACAGUGCUCCUUCUGUACCCAGGAGACCCAAUGCGCCAGGCAAACCGGCUCCUCCACCACCAAUACCUGGUCGGCCUCCUGUGCCAUCAAGACCUUGAAUGUCACGCAACUGCAUCAGCAUCGAGCCCGCUUGUCAUGCAAGAUGUAUUUUCUCAUUCUUCGAUUACUAUUUUGUGUAAAUGUACCUGAAGUUAGGCAUAACAAAUUUUUUAAUUGAUCAUCGACUUGACGGCAAAUUUUUUGGCAAAAACUUUAAGAAUAUAUUUGCAAAAGGAAAAGUUCAUUCUUCACAGUACUCCUAAGUACCACCUAGACGACCGUACUUAAAUCGUUUCCCACUACUAACACGCGGUGUUUGGUGAAAUCGUCCCAUUUAUAAUAAUUCCGAAAGGUACGCUGUAGUAUGAUCAGAGCGACUGGUCAAUUGGCUUAGUUUGAUUUAGUCAGUAUAUAUAGUUAAAUAGGUAGGUUUGUCUAAUUACGUUUUUGAAGAUGAAGCCCUGAAAGGCUUGAUGGAUGGAAGGGUGAUUUCUUUGGCGGCAGGCUUAAACGAACCAAGGAAUGACAGAAUAAAAAAAUUCGUUUUUUCUUGUA